UCCAGCGGUGCCAACUGCGACCACAGAGCUCAACCGGUUAUACUUUUUAUUAUUUUACAUCCAUUUGAACCCCUUUGUGUUUUAAACCCAGAGACAUUGAACUUCUUCACUGCUCGCUGACAGCACAGAGGACUCACAGAGGACUCACAGAGGACUCACAGAGGAAGCUGGACGCAGGCGGUCAUUUAUUUAGAAAGUUGGAUUAACAGCUUUGAACUGAGAGGAAAUAAUAUCGUCUGCCAGAUGUUGACCAGAUGUUGACCAGAAGAUGAGCUUCAGCGAAGUCCCGAGCUGUCAACGGCAGUGUGGCGAGCGUAGAUAAGCCCCCUUAUGAGGUGAAAACCCUUCCCCAUCCGUCCUGCAGUAUCCCCUCCCAGCACCAACAGCAGGAAUAAGGGAUGUCACGGCUGUUCCUCUUUUCAGCAAUGCUGAUUGUCUCCUGCAGCAUCGAGGUGUCUCCUGCUGCUUCUCUGGAUAAGCUCAAGGAGAGUUGGAAAUUGUACAUGGAGGAGUGUCAUCGCAACAACAGCCGAGACCCGCCGAGCACCGGCCUCGUGUGCAACAGGGAAUUUGACAACUACGCCUGUUGGCCUGAUGGACUCCCCAACACCACCGUCAGUGUGGUGUGUCCGCGGUAUCUGCCGUGGCACCAUAAAGUUCAACACGGCAUGGUGUAUCAGGAGUGUGACGCAAACGGCCAGUGGGUGAAUACGAAGAAUACCAGCGAGUGUGACCCUAAUGAUCGAAGUUUGCAGUACUAUGGACAUAUUCGGAUCAUGUACACAGUGGGCUAUUCCUUAUCACUGGUGGCUUUGGUGUUGGCGCUUGGCAUCCUCAUAUCCUUCAGGAAACUGCACUGCAUGAGGAACAACAUCCACAUGAAUCUGUUUGCCUCCUUCAUCCUGCGAGCGCUGUCUAUACUCAUCAAAGACGCUCUGUUGGAGGCCAACAUCCCAUCGCAGGACCUCAGCAGUGACCAGGAGCAGGGAUUCCCGCGGGCAUCUAUGCCUCCAGUAGAGCUGCUGGUCAACAAUGAGACGGCCGUUGGCUGUCGCAUCGCCAUGGUGAUGAUGCAGUACAGCAUCAUGGCCAACAGCUACUGGCUGCUGGUGGAAGGCAUCUACCUCCACAACCUCCUGGUCAUCACCGUGUUCACAGAGAGGAACUACUUCAAGAUCUACCUGUGCAUUGGCUGGGGUACCCCGUUAAUAUUCCUCGUGCCCUGGGUGAUGGCUAAAUACCUUUAUGAAAAUCAAGAUUGCUGGGGACAAAAUAUAAACAUGAAUUACUGGUGGAUCAUUCGUUCCCCGAUACUACUGGCAGUCGUGAUCAACUUCCUAAUCUUUAUCCAUAUCAUCAAAAUUCUUGUGUCAAAACUUCGAGCGCACCAAAUGAGAUACACAGAUUACAAAUUCAGGUUGGCUAAGUCAACUCUAACCCUGAUCCCUCUGCUGGGCAUCCAUCAGGUGGUCUUUAUCUUUGUCACAGACGAGUCCACCACGGCCACCAUCGGACUGCGCCUCACCAAGCUCUUCAGCGACCUCUUCUUCUCCUCCUUCCAGGGUCUCUUGGUGGCCAUCUUGUACUGCUUUGUCAACAAAGAAGUGCAGUCGGAGAUCCUGAAGAAGUGGAAGCGCUGGAAGCUAGGGAGGAACAUUGAGGAGGAAUACCGCCACACCUACAGCAAUACCCCCAACACCAAGACAGCUAGCCUGUUGAACCACGUCCCUCGACUGCCUCAUCUCCCGGACAUCGCCAAAACCUCUUCCCCGGUCUGCAGCCCUGAGGAGACGCACAUGCUUGUGGCUGGAUGCCACAACAACGGUAUGGUCCACAGUGAUGGGGCGGGCCAGUGCGCCUCCCCGCUUCACAAGGGAACCGUCAGCAACUGCACCCUACUGGAGGAACUCAGCCUCACGGACAAGGUGCAGUGUUACGAAGGUCAGAGAGAGAACGUGGAGAGCAACCUUUGAAAGGCGCUGGGAACAAUAACUUGAUGAAGAAAGGUGGAGGGCCUUGAGCUCUCCUCUGGCUCCGACAUGCUGCCCUGGGUGGCUGUGAAGAGCUGGGCUGAUGGACUCAUCUGUCAGAGCGGUCUUUGCCCAGAGAUCGGUGUCACUGGGAGACCGAGCAGCCCUCUCCACAGCCCGAGAACGGAGAAUAAUUCGACAGACUCCCACGCUGAGGUGUCUAAUGUGCUGUGAGCCUUGUGAAUGGAUUUCUGUAGAUGUUUGUCGGACAGCGAAAAGAAACUGCUGCAUGUUGAACAAUGCGACAACAGCAUCUCAAGGCAGAUAUGCCAUGUAAAAUAAUAGAAAAAAACCUGAAACCUCAAACAAAACAACAACAAAAAAAGAAACAGGGUCCUUGCUUGAGCCUCUGCUUUAAUUUGUGCUGUGUAUCAAAUGUGUGUUUUUGUGGUACUGGAGGUUAAAGACAAACUGGACAUUGAACUGCAUACCGAAAAAAAAAGACCAAAACAAGAUGGUAGGGAACAGAGGCUUUUUUCUUGUUUUCUUGCUUUGCUCUGAUAUCUGUAAGGGUUUUUUGUGUAUACUGACUUUGGAGAAAAUGUACAGAAGAAGAAGAAGAAUCAUGCUGCUGGCUGUACCUCAUACAGGAAGGUGACCACAGUGCUGUUUAUCCAGGGGACAUUGGAAAUUGGCAGCUGCUCUGAACAGGUCAUUCCUGGCUUAUAUAUAGACAUUAAGGAGGCUUUCACAAUUCAACAUUUAGUCAGUUUUAAUCAAACUCUGGUGCGGUUCAUUUGAGCAGUUGUGAACGCAGUAAUCGUAUUCUGGUGUGGACCAAAACAACCGGUCCGAGACCACUUACGAGAGGCGGUCCAAGCGAACCAAAACGCAGGCUGCCUGCGAGGGCAUUUGUUGAGAUGGACACAGGUAAACAAACAGGUUAACAUGAGUGGGAAAGGACUGACCAGGACUUCUGCAGAAGAUUGACAUAUAGAAUAUGCUAAAUAAAGUCCACAAAAAUAGUGAUGUUUAUAAAGUAAUUCGAGAAAAACAGUAGAUCAGUGCUGAGUCAAAGUGAAAACAAGGGCUGUCAGUCGAUUAAAAUAUUUAAUUGCGAUUAAUCACAAAUUAAUUGCACAUUUCUUAUCUGUUCAAAAUGUACCUUAUAGGGUCAAGUAUUUAAAACUCUUAUCAACAUGGGAGUGUUAAAUAAAGAAUAAAGAAAUUAUUAUUAUUGCAUUAACUUUGACAGCCCUAGUGAAAAAACGUCAACAGCAAUAUAUCGCGGUCCGCAAUUCCCUGCAUAGAAGUGGCAGCUCUCGAGACAAAAAAGUUUAGUUCAGCAACUAAUUUUUUUAUUUGUGCACUGUGAAACCGAACCAGAAUAAAUAGAAAACAAACCCAGUGUAUCAACUUCACUCUGAUUCGGACUAGCCAAACGGACUAUGGCUUAUGAAAGUGCCCUCAAAAGGUUAAGAGAUGGUAUGGGGUGAAUUAUAACGAAAUUGACUUGGUGAUUUACAACAAAAAUACAUCUUUUUUUAUACCUUGGAUGCUGCUGAGUGCUUCAGUUGUAGCUGUGUAAAUGUGCCAGGUGGUUUUUCAAGGGGAAUAGUUGCAAUUCUGUGCCAUUAAAUACAUUUUCUUUUCCCCCCUGUGCCAUCAAGAUGACUCACAGGCCUUGGCGUACUAUUAAAUGAACUUCUACACAGUAGCCCACUCAACCCUUGAGAUGAAAGAUGAUAGGGGAAACCGUGCACUCAAAUCAAGGAUAAAAAUACACAGUAUAUAGACAUGACUUGUAAAGCCACACAUGCAUAAAGUAUGAAUCCACUGUGACUCAAGUAACAUGACAUCUCCGGCACAAGGGUGUUUAAAUAUAGGUCGUCGUUCAUGUGCAUAAUUAGUGACUUUAAGUUAUAAGUUAGUUGAGAGCCAUCACAUCAGUGUCUCGACGGUGUAAACACCAAACAAAUCAGAAAGCCUGUGUUAACAAUUGCCUGUGCCCAGUUACUCUACAGACAGUGUUUAAUAUUCAGCCUUAUUUUAAGUGUGCAGGGGUUGUGGACACUUAGAACAAAACUCAAAAGUAGAACAAAACCUCUCUAGUAGUGACAUAGAAAGCUAAAUUAGCGGUGGUACAUUUACUUCUGAAUACAUUUAUUUUUAAAAGAGGGGAAGCCUCCUGCAAAGCGUCAAUUAAUCUUUGAUUUGCCAAACCUUUUGCCAGAACUAACUCGACUUGACUUUGUAUGUAUGACUAUUUGCACAAUGUUAAUUUAUAAUUGGUAAAUACUGUGUGUGUAUACUGUAUAUACAUGUGUUUAUACAGAUGAUUUAUUUGAUUGCUGUCGGUAUAUUUCUGUCUGUGUGUGUAUGUGGUGUAUAUUUUCAAGUGGGUAUGAAUGGGUGUAGUUUUCCAGAUUUGUGGAUGUGUUACGGUCGGAUGAAUCACUGGCUGCAGCCAGAUAAGCGAUGGGUUGAUAUGAACCUGUAGCUUCACACAGAGGUCAGAGGUCGUUAUGAGUCCCAUUAUACAGUAUGGCACCACAUGACAUUCCCAGAAGUCAUUCCUAUAUAAGGCAUAAGGAGGUCACAGCUCUGUGUUUUAUUAUGGAAGCUACUCUCAGUGUCAUUAUGUAGUCUAGAGCUAAAUUAGAGCACAACAACAGCAUGUUUGUCAUUCAGAUAAUAGCUCUGUGCAUUUACACUUCAGCCAGAAAAAACAGGCUGAGGCUAUUUUUUCAUCAGCGUCUGCUGAGGAUUGUAACAGCGCAGGUAGAUAUCCAAUACUCAGAAUUGAGGUGGGAGCAUGACGUACACACCGGCGCUCAUGUAGCCCAGAGGUGAAUUUGUUUUUCUUGUUUUCCAGAGCAGGAGAAAUGUUUGCAUACUGGACACAGUAACAAAGGAAUGUUGUGCACAUUGAGUAAAAAAGCAUUCAGUGGAGUAUAUAAGUAUGGUAUUGGUAAUUUUAUUUCAAACUAUUACAUGUAUUUUAAGCUGUGACCAUGUGUGUUUUUGAAGCCAGCAGCUUGGGUCACUCCCCGUUCUGGACCAAAGUGGUUCUGUCUGAAUGUAUUCUAUGAGGAGCCCAAAUCAAUAUGUUUAUUUCCUCUUAAAAGGUGGUUAUGUACAGUAUAUUUGCUGUGUUUUUACCAGUAAAAACUGUGUUCAGGUGUAUACAGUUCAUCAUAUAUUGUGUCCGCUUAUCGAACUUUGUCCAACUGGUGAAAGAAUAAAUUACAAUGUAUGUGAAAGAGUA